GCGUUCAUUACUUCUGCUUAUUAUUACCCCACAUCUAAAAGUCUUGGAUCAAACGCUGUCGCUUUCAAUAUGGCUAUUGACCAAAGAAGUCAUAGUAUGCAAAAUCACACAUUCACAGUUAUUGGUACGAAUUUGACGACUUCACUCAGUACAGUUGCCACGUCACAAGCAGAAGGAGUUGGAAAUUGCCGAUAUACAACACUUAUGGGAAGAACGAAUACUGUAGAAAAUUUAAAGACAUUGGAAAUUGAAUCCAAUGAAAUGACAGUUCAGAUCCCAUUCAAAAUGGCUCGUUACACUGCACCUAAACCUGUAAUCAUUUGUAUUUCUCCUCAAUUCGUUGCCGAACAAUGGCAAAUAUUCCUGAUGCAUGUUCAUGCUGCUAACAGAUUCGGAGGUCAUUUACACAUUUAUCUAACUUCAAUUAUCAAAUCUUAUUUCGAGUUAAUGCAAGAAUAUGAGAGACAAGGAUACCUCACUUUAGAUUACUGGCUCAGAAUGAAAUUUUCCAAUAUUGAAUCUCAAUAUUUUGACCCAAAUGCUAAUAUUGAAUGGAGAAAUCAAGCAGGAGCACAAACAGAUUGUCUUCUUCAGUACAAAGAAGCAGCGGAGUACAUUGCAUUUUUCGAUAUGGAUGAUAUUCUAUUUCCUAAAAACUACCCAACAUAUUUGGAAGAGUUUAAUGCAGUGCUUGCCACAAAUCCAGGUACAAAUUACAUGUUUUACGGAAGAAGAGAACAUGAAUUUGUUAAAAAUUGUCAUUUUUCCAUUAUGAAUACAAACACGUUUUCAGCUCCAACACUAUCUGAAUUCAGUUUUACUGAACUUGUAGACUCCCUUCGAUCCUCAAAAGUUGUAAAACGGGGCAAAGUUGUAGUUAGAACCGACGCCUACAACGCCACUUGGAUUCACUACAGUAAGCAUGUUAGCUUUAUGACAAGAGCCAACGUUACAAGUCCAACACUGGUCCAUGUUCAAUUACCAGUUGAAAAGGAUGGGAAAAGAAAGAAUACCUCAAGAAAUAUGUGGAAAAUUGAAUUCGGACCGUUAAAUGAAACAAUUCGGGAAGAUGAUAUUAGGGCUAUUGAAGAAGAUAUUUAUAGAAUGAAAAAUGUCUCAACGAUACAAUCAUUGGCACCACAACUUCCAAAUGCAGAUUUCUAUCUUCCGAUUGUUUUCAAAUGCUAUUAUGAUGCGUUUUACGGGGUUGCAUUCGAUCAUCAGCCUGGUGACGUCGGAUGCCUGAACGCAGAUUUCUGUGAACUUCCACAGCGAGAAAACUACAAAUGUAUACAUUCGGAUGCUCAGUAUUACUCGGGACCAUCAAUGAAACCAGUCACUUAUCAUUUCACAUCUCAUUCAUUCUGGUCGAAAGAUAUAGGAUGCUAU